AGGAGCCUCAGCUGCGCUGAGAGCGCUGAGACUGCCGAAGCGGUCACUGUCGGCGCUCGUUGGUGUCAUGAUACAGCACUUCGCUUCACCGCUCCUAGAUGGAAGCACCCUCCCUGUCAAGAAAUCAUAUUUUACGCGUUCACCGCCGACGUCACAUCCGUUAGAGGAAGUUGAUGGUGCACCCUGGAAGACCACCAGGAAGGGCUAUUUAACCCCGCACGAGCGAGGCUCGAGGUCUUCCAACCUUGAGCCGGGACUAUGGACAAAGACGGGACCAGCCACGACCUACGACCAGGUCCUACGACCAGGAAGCGACAAGACGCAUUCCUGCAAAUAACAAGCUUCUUUACCAAACUGCCAAAGGCCAGGGUGCAGGUCCGUGCCGGCCAAUCCACUGUCCAGGAAAAGGCUUGUCGAGCCACACUCAAGACUGACUACUACUAUGCGCAGGAGCACCAUCAUGUUGAAACCAGAUGUUCCGAAGCUUUGGCCACUCCGAGCGGAAUCGGGACCUGGACCUGGACUGGGACCGGGAUCGGGACCGCGACCUUGACCUGGACUGGGCCCGGGACCUUGAGCGGCUCGCCGAGGAUUCUGAGCUGAACCACCGCAGGCGGCUUCGCCUUGGCCUUCCUCCAUCAUUGUCGUCGUCUUCCUUCUUCCUUCCGGGUGGAGGAUGCUUUUUGGUGAAGGCGAUCCGCAAGACUCCGGCUCGCGAGACCAUGCCGCUGGUAAUGGUGGCAACGUGACGAAAGACGAGUGGUCGAAAGUGCGCCUGCGAAUAUGAAAUAUUUGUUCACAUAUCGCUCGUAAGAGCUCGUUCAUUGAAAAUUUCAUCUCAGCGACUGGUGCAAAGUGUGGAGUCAAGUUGAACGCGCUAAGAAAAUGAAUGAUCGCACUCGAGGCACAUCCACGCAAACCAUGCGGAAAUAAUUGCGACCACCCGGCAGCGCUAGAAGGAAAGCACUGAGUCAACACCGCAGAAGAAGAGUUGCGAUGUGGAUACUUAUUUGUUCGUGUGCAGGGUAACGCCAUGUCUCUUUUUUUCUUUUUUUUUGCUUAACGUAUUACCAUCGCCUGUUUUCUUUGCUAUUCUUUAUUGACGGAGCUAAGGAGUAAAGGGGCGAAGUAGCGUACAUGCGCCUUCAAAAUAGCAGCGCGCCUUCAAAAUAGCAGCGCGCCUCGGCUGGAUAACUCGUGUAGCCUCCUAGCCGAGCCAGAAACGCUUCCAUCCUGCCGCGUUCUUUCAGUGAAGCCUUUGCAAAUACCUCGAUUUCUUUCGGAGUCAUCAAUCAGUUUCGGAGCAGCCGUUGUUUUUUCAUAUUUCUUUUUGUGCAGUUACUUCGCUUUCUUACUGUUCGCCCAUUUUCUCUUAUACUUGUCCAUGUCGUCUGCUCCAUUCUUCGGCGCAGUCCACGGGUCAGCAGUAAGCCCCUGGCCGACGCUGUACAACCCUGCUACUGCGAUGGUCCAAGGAGGCUGUCUGCUGUGAAGUGUUUCAAAGAACGCAGCUUGAUGAAUGGUUGCAGUCCCCACCUUGCGCUAGUGGCUAAGGAUACACUUCGUUUCGUUCACUGAGAGGCACGAACAAAAGUAGUGAAAAACGCUCGCGUGGCCGAAUACACCAAGGGCUUGUGUUUACAACUGCUUUUUCUCGAUCCUGCCCGCAAGCAGGCUUCGGCUGAACAUCGUCGAAAAACCUUGACGGAGAGCUUUAUAUGCUGGUCCCUGUAGAAAAUCGCUGUGACGCAGCCUUCGACGGAAACUUUCCGCGAUCAAUAGUGAUAAAAAGAAAUCAAUGUUCUACACAGAAAACAAGAGGGCUGUCAUUUUCGGCACAACAGCGUUAAGCUCAUCUUUUCUUUAGGACGUGAUGCGGACCUUCAGCGCGAUACAUUGUAGACGACACCAGAUUCACAUGCCACUUAGCGCUUCUACGUAUACGGCCGCCGAUGAGCGGUUUCGCGGACCUGUUUGCAAUUUUCCCUCGCCUGGUAUCGCGAAUCGCAUGGUAUCGGAACACGACGCUGCACCUGCCUCGCGUUGUUUCCCUUCCCUACGUGAUAACCCUAAAGUUGUCUCGUAGCGAAGCGGGCCUCUGUGACACUCCGUUCGCUCCAAAAGGUUUCCAUCUCUCUCUUUUUUUCUUCUUUUUUAUGGUGACUACCGUUUACGAGAGUAUAAACGUGGUCCUCACUGAGUAUGUCUGUCAGGUUGUCGGUCAUCAGCGCCAUUCAGGUGCAUCCACCCCUCUACCAUGGCAAUUGCGUUGAAGUGAUAAAACAGUGGGAGUAUGUGAUGAACCUCGGCGUACCUGUGGUGAGGUAAUUACACAAUCGCCCCUUUAAACGUGUUUUGGGAAGAUUAGGGUUGCAAGACUUGAACGUUAAGCGCCUCAGUAAAAACACAAAUGCGAUGAGAUACGCGACUUUGCGCACACUUCGCGGAGCACUACAGUCUGAACUGAACUCAAUUCUGUGGCUGUACGGGCCAAAACCACGAUUUAAUUAUCCGGCACACCGUAGUGGAGGACUCCGGAUUAAUUUUGCCCACCAGGAGAUUUUUACCGUGCCCCCAGUGCACGAGACACGGGCGUUUUUGCAUUACGCCCCCAUCAAUAUGUGGCUAACACGGCCGUAAUUUGAUUCCGCGACCUCAUGCUUAGCAGCGCGACACCAUAGCCAUCAAGCCACCGAGGGGGAUAUUAGAGUGUGGUGCUGUGUACAGACCCCAGCAAUCAAAAGAGAAUGACUACAAUCUGGCGUUCCAAGCAUUGGAACGCUAUGCGCGAAAGUGAACAGGCCAUAUACGAAGAGACCUAGAGGGGAAUCAGGGCAUUGCAAGCGCUUGGAUGCGAUGCGAUACAGGGAACAGCCAGAUCAUUAGCGGCACGAGCAUCGACUGACACUCUUGUUUUUGUGCCGCACUUCCGAUUCACUUCCUGAGACGUCGGCGGAGGAAAUCCAAAAUGAAGCAGAAAAAAAAAGAAAAAGAACAGUACAGUACACUGUUCAUGGGUUUCAUUACAGACAUGAUAUGAGAGCAUAAGUUUAGUUAGAAGUUGAGUAACUAAAGUGUCUGGAAUAAUUCGAAUCAAUUAGAAAUCCCUGAAUUUUCGCACACGAAAGCACGGAAUCGUGGACUUUAGAUAUUUGCCACGCGAGCACGACUUUGGCGAAAUUACUGGAAACUCGAAAGUAGAAAGCGGAAGUAUUGACGUUACUAAUGACGUCCCGCGCACAUGACGCUGAAAUGCUAUUUAACCAUAUAAGUAAAGGAAAACAGUUCCCUCCGAGUUCGGUUCAUGCGUUUCGUUCGCCUAACGUCAAGAUAAAGAAUACCAACACCGAGGUGCGAGUGCCACCAAGUGAAAGAUUAGGGUCGCUUACCACUUUUAUUUUUAAAGCGAAGCCUUCUUCACGUCUUUCUUCGACUUCCGCCGCCGCUGCUGCUGCGGCUGCUGCUGCUGCUGCUGCUGCUGCUGCUGCUGUGGUCCUGCACGCCGCUAACGCCGGCCACGUCGGGAUAUAGUUGAGAGGCACGCCACUAACGCAGGUUGCGUCGGGACGUGGGUGAAACGUUGCUAUGCCACAAAAACAUGAAAGGCAUGCACUGUCGGUGUUUUGGUUCUUGGCAUUUGUUUAUUAGCUGUCAUUCUGAAAAUUCCGAGGAAUAGCUUUCUAAAGAAUGUAAGACAAGGUAUGCGCCACAUGGAGGGAUGUGCGGUUGUGGUUCAAAAUGAUUAUUUGCCGAGCGACGCCCGCGGCGUCGACACCGGAUUUCGUGCGACGCGGGGCCCUAACCCUAUCGCGUUAGUAAAUGACACUAGUGUGGCACAAAGGAAAUGCGACCGUAGAAGCUCGUGUCAACAUUUACGCCGCGUCGCAUGUGUACAAUGUCCUCUGGACGCCGUAACUAGGCGUGAGCCCCCACAAAUGUAGUGCAGGAUCUGCCGCG